AUGACAUCACCUGUGGAAGCGCCGAGGCGGGGGUGGCUGGAAAGCUUCCAGCAGGACAUCCCGGUGAAGCUGGCGGCAUUGAACUCCACCUCCAUUCAGGUGACUUACUUUACCUCGCUGUCCAGACAACAGGAGUUUGAAGGAAAUACCAAGAGCGUGAUCCCGCUCUUCUCCAUAACGUAUUUCUUGACAAUAACCUUUUCAGUUGUCUCUUGCCUAAGACUGAGCUGUAUAAGAAAUAACGUCUGGCUUGCAUGCUGUGGAGUGAUUUCUGCUGGUUUAGCCGUAUUAAGCAGCUUUGGAUUGAUGCUCUUCUGUGGAGUGCCGUUUGUGGUCACUGUAGCAAACGCACCAUUUCUUAUUCUAGGAGUUGGUGUUGAUGACAUGUUCAUCAUGAUUGCUUCCUGGGAACAAAGUUCCAGAAAGAAAGAGAAAUCCGAUGUUAAAUCUCGGUUGGCCGAGACUUACGCAGAAGCAGCCCUUUCUGUGACCAUCACCACUCUCACAGAUGUUUUGGCCUUCUUCAUUGGCACCUGGACUGCUUUUCCGUCCGUGAGAUCAUUUUGCCUCUAUACAGGCACUGCUUUUGUCUUCUGCUAUUUAUAUACCAUGACCUUCUUUGGGGCAAUUAUUGUAUUAAAUCAUAAAAGCGAACAAGAAAACCGACACUGGCUGACUUGUAUGCCUGUGAGAGUAGAUGAAGAUCAGGCUGAGAAGUCCUGCUUGUACAAUGCUUGCUGUAUAGGCAGCUGUUCUAGGCAGUCAUCUCAGCCAGAAAGUGAACAUCCAAUGAUCAUAUUCUUUAAAAAGUAUUAUGGUCCUUUUUUUACAAAUAAGUGGAUCAAGCUACUUGUGGUGUUGCUGUACGGAGCAUAUUUGGGUGGCAGUAUUUAUGGAUGUACUCAGAUCAAGGAAGGCAUCGAUCUUCGAAAUCUGGCGAGUGAUGACUCCUACGUUAUUCCAUACUAUGAUGAUGACGACAAAUACUUUUCAGCAUAUGGACCCAGGGUCAUGGUUGUCAUUACUGAAAGUGUAGAUUACUGGAAUGAGACUGUUCAUCUUGGCAUUGAGAACUGCACACAGAAUUUAGAGGGCAUUUCCUAUGUAGAUAAGAACCUCUCAGAGUCAUGGCUGAGAGUAUACACAAAACUUGCCAAAUGGGGCUUGAUAAAUAUAAGCAAUAAGACUCUUUUCAUUAAUAACUUACCUACCCUGUUAAAAAUUGUUCCCAGUUUUGAGUGGGACAUUAACAAGACUCAGGAUGAAAUAGAAGCUUCACGUUUCUUCAUCCAGACGGUGAACGUGACCUCAGCUGUUGAUGAGAAGAAUCUUCUCAAUCAGUUAAGAGAGACAGCCAAGCAGUGCAGUGUUCCAUUAAUGGUGUACCACCCUGCGUUCAUCUACUACGAUCAGUACCUGGUAAUAGUGCAGAACACCAUUCAGAACGUUGUCGUUGCUGCUGGGGCAAUGCUCGUUGUCUCCCUUUUGCUCAUUCCCAACCCGUUGUGUUGCUUGUGGGUGACUUUUGCUAUAGCUUCUGUUAUAGUUGGUGUUGCUGGUUUCAUGACAUUUUGGUACGUCAAUCUAGAUUCUAUAUCCAUGAUCAACCUGGUAAUUUGUAUAGGGUUUUCAGUAGAUUUUUCUGCUCAUAUUUCCUAUGCCUUUGUUACGAGUGGAGAGUCAUCAGCCAAUAAAAGGGCAAUUGAAGCUCUGUCCCUGCUAGGUUACCCAGUAUUACAAGGUGCAGUUUCUACUAUAUUAGGAGUAGUUGUCCUGGCUGCAGCAAAAGCCUACAUCUUUAGGACAUUUUUCAAGAUCAUGUUCCUUGUUAUUUUGUUUGGGGCUCUUCACGGUCUUGUUUUUAUUCCGGUGUUUUUAACCUUUUUUGGAAACUUUGGCAGAUCACCCCGCAAUACCAAAUCUAAAAAGCCAGAGUUUAGGUUUAGAGAUGAUAAAGAUUGUCCAUGA